CCUCCCCUCCCCCUUCUGUCUCCCUCAGGUGUUUGAUAACUAUGCAGUGACGGUGAUGAUCGGCGGCGAGCCGUACACUCUGGGACUGUUCGACACUGCAGGUCAGGAGGACUAUGACAGGCUGCGACCCCUCAGCUACCCUCAGACCGACGUCUUCCUCGUCUGUUUCUCCGUCGUGUCGCCGUCAUCUUUCGAGAAUGUCAGAGAGAAGUGGGUGCCAGAGAUCACACAUCACUGCCCGCGCACGCCGUACCUGCUGGUCGGGACUCAGGUGGAUCUGAGAGAUGACAGCAACACUCUGGAGAAGCUGGCCAAGAACAAGCAGCGAGCCCUGACCUACGAGGGCGCCGAGAAGCUGGCUCGAGAUCUGAAGGCCGUCAAGUACGUGGAGUGUUCGGCUCUCACUCAGAAAGGACUGAAGAACGUGUUUGACGAGGC